CCGGCCGGCCCAAAUUGCUGCUGCUUAUGCAAAACUUUGAGGCGCUUAUCGUAAUUUCGCAUCUCUUUAGGGGCAACCCCCGGACGGAGAAGAUCGGCCGGAACAGCCCUGAAGGCUUGGCGAGAAAAUAUAGAACGAAAUGAGGGAUGCCAAAGGGGUUUAAAUAGAACGGCGAGGGCAUUGGCGGAGCAAUUAACUGAAGAAUUAAAACUCCUCCUCGCUUCGUUCCCUCCAUUCGUCCAUCAUGGUGUCACUCUGGUUCUCUUCCUCUCACUCGCUCUCUCCGUGCUAGGGUUUACUCUAUCUCGGAGAAGAGAGCUUCUCGGUGCUGUGAUCUUUUCCGUGUAAUGCUCGGAGUUUUCACCUGAUCUGAGUGAGAUUAUCGGGAAUAGGUUGCUCGUGCUACGAUGUCGUACCAAGCGAAAAAGCUAAUUAACGAUCCUAGGGAUGUCGUGACCGAGUACAUUGAGGGCAUGGUGGAGACAUAUCCUCUCCUACAGUACUUGGAUGGCUUCCCAAAUAUUAAGGUUGUUUUGCGUGCUGAUGUCGUAGGGUCCACAUAUGACAAGGUUGCAGUUAUCUCUGGUGGGGGUAGCGGCCAUGAACCUGCUAAUGCUGGAUAUGUUGGUGAAGGCAUGCUCACAGCAGCUGUCUGUGGAGAUGUUUUCACCUCUCCCCAUGUUGAUGCCAUAUUAGCUGCUAUUCGAGCUGUCACUGGUCCAAAGGGAUGCCUUCUGAUAGUCACGAAUUACACUGGUGAUAGACUUAAUUUUGGUUUAGCAGCCGAGGAAGCAAAAUCUGAAGGCUAUAAUGUGGAGAUGGUUAUUGUUGGUGAUGAUUGUGCUUUACCACCACCUCGAGGUGUUGCUGGUCGGAGAGGUUUAGCUGGAACCAUUCUUGUCCAAAAGGUUGCUGGUGCUGCUGCUGCUGCUGGCCUUUCCCUAGCUGAUGUGACUGCAGAAGCAAAGCAUGCAUCCGAAAUAGUGGGAACAAUGGGAGUUGCAUUUUCAGUUUGUACAUUACCAGGCCAUGUCACAUCUGAUCGGCUAGGUCCAGGAUUGAUGGAGCUUGGACUAGGAAUUCAUGGAGAGCCUGGUGCUGCUGUUGCUGAUCUCCAGACUGCUGAUAUAGUGGUCUCCCAUGUGCUGAAGCAGAUCUUAUCAACGGAAACAAAGUAUGUGCCAAUUACAAGGGGAAAUAGAGUGGUCCUGAUGAUUAAUGGCUUAGGUUCAACUCCUGCCAUGGAACUCAUGAUUGCUGCUGGAAAAGCAGUUCCACAGCUGCAGUUGGAGCAUGGGCUAGCUAUUGACAGAGUUUAUACUGGAUCAUUCAUGACAUCCCUUGAUAUGGCAGGAUUGUCUAUUUCAAUUAUGAGGGCAGACAGAAUCAUUUUGCAGCGCCUAGAUGCCCCAACUAAAGCUCCUUUCUGGCCUGUUAGUGUUGAAGGAGACCGCCCUCCUGCUAAAAUACCUAUUCCUAUUCCGCCAUCUAAGAUAGAAACAAAUGUGGAGUUGUUUGCUAAACCACAAGAGCUCAGUGAACAGGGUGGCAUUCUAGAAGUUGCUAUCAGAGCCGCUGCAAAUGAAAUAAUCAGUCUAAGGGACCAACUGAAUGAAUGGGAUAGUAAAGUCGGUGAUGGAGAUUGUGGUUCUACUAUGUUUAGAGGAGCUACGGCAAUUAUGGAGGAUAUGAAGAAAUGCUACCCUCUGAAUGAUGCUGCACGGACUGUAAAUGAGAUUGGGAUGUCAAUUAGGAGGGUGAUGGGAGGAACAAGUGGAAUCCUAUAUGAGAUACUAUGCAAAGCAGCCUAUGCAAGCUUGAAAGGUUCUCCUGUGAUUACAUCUAAGGAAUGGGCUAAUGCUCUCGAGGCAGGCAUUGCUGCGGUAAGCAAAUAUGGUGGAGCUGGUUCUGGGUAUCGCACAAUGCUUGAUGCUCUUAUCCCAGCAGCAUCUAUCCUGAAAGAGAGGUUGGAUGCAGGCGUUGAUCCUGUAAAUGCUUUUGUCAUGUCAGCUGAUGCAGCAUGCAGUGGAGCAGAAUCAACCAAAAACAUGCAGGCCCAAGCUGGCCGAUCGUCAUAUGUAUCAGCGGAAAUGCUCGCUUUAGUUCCUGAUCCGGGAGCCAUGGCCGUGGCAUCAUGGUACAGAGCAGCGGCAGUUGCGGUAGAGUCGAGGUUGCGGCCAUCAAAGGGCUAAGAGUUGUAUGGUUUCAUGAGACGUCGGACUCAAUUAACUUACAAAAUCUAUACCUUACGGAUCAGUUAAUUCACAAUUUUACCACAUUUACAAAUUUUGUUUUCCGCUUGUGUCCGAAACAUAAGCCGAGAAAGCGUGUUUUGAACGGAUAAUUUCCUUGUUGAGCCUGCUGCUUUUUGUUAAGAGUCUUUUGAAGGAAUACCCAUGCAACAUUUUCAUAUUUGUCCUACCCCUACCAUAUUAACUUUCAGAUCACUGCCAAUUGUUUUCGUAUCGACGAAGUUCUUUUA